AUGGCCGAAACGUCUACCGAACCGCAGUCAGCGUCGACAUCAACGCCGCUGCCCCGCAUCGCGAUCCAGUUCUGCACUCAGUGUAAGUGGAUGCUUCGCGCAGCAUAUUUCGCCCAAGAGCUCCUAUCAACAUUCGGAACCUCCAUCGGCGAGGUCGCCCUCCAACCUUCCACAGGCGGCACCUUCACCGUGACGCUAACCCACCAACCCGACGGCGCGACAACGACCUCCUCAACGAUCCUCUGGGACCGCAAGACCGAAGGAGGCUUCCCCGAGACCAAGGAGCUCAAGCGCCGUCUCCGCGACGUCAUCCAGCCCGACAGAGACCUCGGCCACGUCGACCGUAAACACGCGACGACGGAUCAGACUUCAACGACAGCAACAGCAAUCACACCCGAAACCUCUACCCAACAACCACCGACCCUGGCCUCCGACGCACUCGCCGCGGCGCCGACAAUGACGAUGCCUUCCUCCGCAGCCGCCUCGGACGUGGUCUCCCAGCUCAAGAAGCACCCCGCCAACGCAGGCCACUCCCCAGCCGGCAGCGAAACGAAGCCCACCUCCGAGAGCAAAGAACACAAUGAAUCCUCUUCUCUAAGCGACGCAGCCCGAGACGCCAUCGGCGCAGCUCGCGCGAACAAGGGACAGCAGGCCAAGGCCGAGAUCUCGCCCGCAGGCCAGCUGCCUGGCCAGCAAUAUGACGAUCCGCCGGCCAAGUUCGACAAGGAGAAGUGCGAGGACUGUGCUUGA